AUGGCAUCUUAUGAGUCGACAGAGAGGGAAAGAAAUCAGCCUCUGAUGUCCGCUGGAGACAACCCUUUCCACCUCGUAAAUGACCGCACAGUCGAGUCCGUCUGCACCGACAUUGAGGCUCAAGAUCUAGUCCGCUUCUACUUCGAUACAUGUGUGGUCACCUAUCGGUUGCUCCAUCGCCAUACCACGGAGGGCUGGCUGGAAUCUAUGCUUAAGGAUCGACGAGAGGGGCAUCAACUUUCUCACUCCGUCGGCCAUGCCAGGAGUGCCAUCCUAUUGACCAUUCUUGCGAUCGCAACAUUUCGCAGAUCUAAGAUCAGCGACGAUACAUCAGCCACCGGCACAGCAUUAUCUUUAGAGAGAAGCGACCAGUUCUUCUGUACCGCAAUGGAUAUGACCGACUCAGAGGUCGGCUUCCCGGCGCUGGAAUCGGCUCAGGCUCGGCUGAUCCAAGUCCUAUACCUUCUGCAAACAUCGCGCAUGAACAAAGCAUGGUAUACAUUUGGGUGUGCCGUGCAAAUUAUUUCCUCUUUGGGAUUACACCGACGCAGAGGACGCCUACUGAAUUCCUACUCGGCAGGAUGCCCAGACUAUAUCUCACUUCAAUGUGGGAGACGGGUUUUCUGGGUUGCGUACAUCAUAGACAAAUACCUAAGCGUCGUCUUUGGCCGUCCGAGAUUGUUUCACGACGACGAAAUAGAUCAAGAAUUUCCUGAUAGUGUGAACGACGAGGACAUGAUGACUCAGGAUCAUUCCAGCUGGCAAGCCACCGACGAGUGCCACAUUGACUCACUCAUAUUCCAUGCAAGAAUUGCAAAUGUCAUCGGCCGAAUCUCUCGUGAUGUUUACUCCACUGCCAUAAAAGCUAACCAAGACCGGGUCUCAUCUGCUGGCUCGCUCAUAGAGGAGCUCCAUGAAUGGCGAGCGAGUCUCCCUCCUCAUCUCGGAACCGUCAAACCGUCGACAUUGAUCCCAAGUUUCCGUCGUGAAGCGAUCGCUCUCCAGCUGGCAUAUUCUCAUGCCCUUAUUCAUGCCAAUCGUCCGUUUCUUCUAGGCGAUGGGUACCCGGUCAGUGAUGCUUCUCGAAUCAGAGAUCGCAUUGAUGAGUGUAUUUCUGCAGCAAAGAAAACACUUGAAUUAGUCGAGUACAUGGCACAGGACACUAAUUUGUUUCAUUCUUUUUGGUGGACGCAUUAUGCGACAUUUUGUGCUCUGGCGGUGGUGUACGUUUGGAAAAUACGCUCACAUUCGGGCGACAAUGCGCUUCCUCGUGGAACAUAUGUCGUAUUGGAUGAACUAGCCGAACGCUGCCAUUCUCACCUACACAAGGCUAGCUCAGCAGCAUCUCCCAGCAGAAGAUAUGGAGUUAUACUAGACGAGAUGAGACUUGAGGCAAAGCGACAGGCUAUGAAAAAUACGCGUCGUCGUUCGGUGCAAGGGACAGGCGGCCCGGACAAUACAUUUCGCGAAAGCUCGAAUGACAACGAGGGUUCUAUGGUUGCUGGAACUCUUCCUGAAGGCUGCGGCCCCAUUGAGCCUGGGCUCGGCGGACUUCCGGAUUUGCUUCAGUCGUGGCAAACGACGGACUGGCUGGAUCUGGAUUCUUCUGUAGGUGUAACUUUCGUCAAGUGA